UAUAAUAAACUGCCGACUAAAGAUAAGAGAUUAGUCGUGGAAGCUUUCGAAAGUGCUUUGACUAGGAGAGAACAUAGCUUGAUACCAUUCCGGAAGAAGGGCUUGAUCUUUCUCAGAUGGGAAUUUAGGUGCCCGAAGUGCAAAAUUGAAAAGCCGGCCGAGUACUUCGUAGCCAACAAAUUUACUCUUAGUGUGCCUAGAGAUGAGGAUUCUGAACCUCUUUUGAUAAGCAGGCGCAAUUGCACAAAGUGCGGCAAUUGA